UGGUUAUGCACGCGGCCUCGCGCAGUCAGUUGUGUAUCUAAUCUUGGUUCGAACGAAUGUUUUGUACUGCCUUCUUCCUUACAUAAACAUGACGAAUACAUAACAUCAAUACUUGAAGUAUAAAAAGUGUUAGAUUGUGUGAACGUGUUUAAAAUUUUAAUAAAUUUAGUUUCAUUGGAGGUUACACACAAAUAAUCAAGAUGGUGAACAUUUUACCAUUGCUGCUCUGCUUCUUUGCACUUCAAACAUCUUGUAAAGCUGCUCCGAGUGAAGUUAAUAUAGUAAUUCCUGAAUAUACUGAAGAAGCCCCAAAACUUGAUAGCGUGCCUAAUGAUGUCACUGAUCAAAGUUCAGUUGAAAACCAAAGUGAAAAUAAUCAACGACAAAAGAGAUUUUAUGAUUAUCCGGGAUUUGGAUAUCCACCCUUCGGGUUACCUCCAAGUUUUCCUUAUCUGGGACAAUCUCAAUACUUAAAGCGAGAUGAAAGUCAAAAUACAGGCGUUUACGGUACAGAGGAUGCCUUGAAGUUGAUCUUUAAUCGUUUACAAGGAAUACUUAGCGAUGUCAGACACCAAACACAGCCUCCGCCUCAGCAAUCGAGUAUUCCCGCAUUUAUUCCUGUUCUUUUUAUACCGCAUGCCGGAUGCAGCUGUACCACUAACAGUCAAGUUCCAUCUCGGCCCGUAAAUGGAAAUGAUCAGACGAAGCCGAAUCAAGAAACGACUACACCAGCUUUACCUAAUAGAUUUCCCGAUUUAGAAGAUACGCAACAAAAUUGGGGAAUAGUAAACGGUAAUGAAUCGAAUGUAAAUGUCGAGGGAGACGGAAACAGGCCAAUUUCCUUUGAUCCUAUAAUUCCUCAAACGCCGAUCGAUAUACCAGUUCCUCCUGUGGAACAUGGUAGUGUGCAAGCAGGAGCCGAGCCUCAAUCAAUUUCGACUACUACUUUGGGACCGAUUGCGAGUAGACCUGCUAAAGUUGGUAGUAGCAGGGCACCGUACAUUACCCCUAGCGUUUGUGACGGAGCAGUAGUAAGCUGCUGCUUGCGACCUCAGAUUACGCCUAAUUGUUUUGCCCUUCAAGGCUGUCCGGAUCCUUCUCGAUACGGUAACCCGUGUGACCCUGAGGUAGUAUUGAAUGUGGUUAGAAAAUUGGAACAUUAUCUUAAGCAAAAAAACAGUUAAUUAAAAAUUAUGUGUAGCAUUAUUUGGAAAUGUUAAAUAUUUCUUUAAACUGUUUUACAUAUAAUUGUAUAAUUAAAUCAUGAAAUAUUUAGCUGUUUCAGUAUACACCACACUAUAAUUAUGUGGAUACUGCAAUUCUUAUCUUUUAUGAGUAUUAUUUAAAUGAAGAUGUAAAAUUCGUAAAGAAAUACUUUGAGGUUAUAUACGUUAUAUUGUUUACUAUAAAUCUUGUCUGACCUAAAAAAAUUCGCAAAAUCAUCGCAACCUCAAGUGACAAAUUAACUCCUUUGUUAAAUUUAUAUAUUUUUCUUGGAAAAACAGUUUUCGAUCGAACAACAUAACAUUAUGGAACUAAAUAACAUAGUUCGCCCAUCGCAGCUAUAAAUAACAAUAUUAUUUUUAAUUAGAUUUCAAUACGUCUACAUAAAUGUGAUAUAUGUUCCUAUAUUUUUACGAAGUCCGCCGCCACAAAUAUGUUGUAGCAAUUUUAUAAUAUCAUGUUACUAAUUUAAUAAUUAAGCAAUUUUACAAAAACAAUGCCACGUGUGAGCCAAGCCUUUUUAAACGACGCUACCUCAUUCUACUGGCGUGAUUAGUAGGCUUAUCCAUAUUUGGCAUUAAAAUGUUAACACUCUUAUACAAGUAUACAGGUACAAUUAAAUUUUGAAUAAAGUAUUUCAUUUAUAAAAAAAUGACCGCUACAAAAAUAGUAACUAAAAACUUAUGAAUAACUUUAUUAUCGAGACGUGUACGUAUUGUAUUAAUAUCUAAAUAGAUUUGCUUCAGAGAUAAUGAAUUAAACUUAUUAUUAUUUAAAUAUAUACCUUGGCAUAUAAUAAUUUUAUAUAACUCUUCGUUGACGUAAUAAAUAAUAUCAUUUUUAAGCUCGAGCUAAUUUUGUCGCGGGUUUUAUCUAGAACAAUAUAUAUUUUGUGUGUUUAGGUGAAAAUUGACUUAAACAUCAUACAAAUAAAAAUGUAUUAUUUUUGAUUACUUAAAACCUCUGUAGCGUUUAAUUUUUUAUCUCCCUUAACCUCAAAUAAUGCUAUAAAAUACUCAUAUGAAUAUAUUCUAAUUUAUUUAUUGGUAUGUUAAUUUUAAUAUUAAGGUUUAAAUGAAACAACGAAUUCUGUAACAGAACUGUAAUAAAAAAAAAUAUUGAUAUGUCCGUAAGUGUUUAUUUGA